CAGAAGUUAUACAUAGGAAAUGCUUCCAAUAGCCAUUUUCGGGAUCAGUUUCUCAGUUCUCAUAUUCCAUAUUCUCAAACUCUUCUUGCUUCCAUUUCUUCUCAAUUAUUAUGUCUCUGCAAUCACCUUCAUCUUCCUCUUCAUUUCCCAAUGAAUAUUUCAAUUACCAGGCCUUCCUCAAUUUCAGGGGCAUUGACACUCGGUAUGGUUUUACUAAUAAUCUCUACAAUGCUCUUAAAGACAAGGGAAUCCACACCUUUAUUGAUUACAAUGAUCUUCAGAGAGGAGAUGAAAUCACCCCAACACUCAUCAAAGCCAUUAAUGAGUCUAGAAUUUAUAUUCCUAUAUUUUCUAUCAAUUAUGCUUCUUCUUCAUUUUGUUUGGAUGAACUUGUCCACAUCAUGUGUGGCUUCAAAGAAAAGGGUCGCCUUGUUCUUCCAGUUUUCUACGGUGUGGAUCCUUCUGAUGUGCGGCAUCAGAAAGGCAGUUGUGGUAAAGCACUUGCCGAGCACGAAAAGAAGUUCCAAAAUAACGAGAAAAACAUGGAGCGAUUGUGUCGAUGGAAGAUAGCUCUUAACCAAGCUGCUAACAUUGCUGGCUACCAUUUCAAUAUUGGAUCAGACAUGAAUGAAUAUGAACACACGCUUAUUGGAAAAAUAGUUAAAGUUGUUUCCAAUAAGAUCAAUCGAGCUCCUUUAUAUGUUGUCGAUUACCCUGUUGGACUCAAGUCUCGAGUAAGUAACGUGAACUCACUUCUGAAUGAGGCUUGUAGUGAUGAAGUUUGCAUGAUUGGGAUUCAUGGAACAGGAGGAAUUGGUAAAUCAACACUUGCUCGAGCAGUUUAUAAUUUUAUUGCUGAUCAAUUUGAGUGUUUGUGUUUCCUAGAAAAUGUGAGAGAAAAUUCAGCAAAACAUCUCCAAGAGGAACUCCUUUACAAAACAAUCGGAUUGAAAGUGAAGAUAGGAGGUGUCAAUGAAGGAAUUGGAAUCAUUAAAGAACGGCUACGUCGAAAGAGGGUCUUAUUGAUUCUCGAUGACGUUGACAAGUUGAAGCAGCUAAAAUUUUUGGCCGGAGGAUUUGAUUGGUUUGGUCGUAACAGCAGAGUCAUCAUUACCACUCGAGACAAAAGUUUGUUAACAUGUCAUGGGAUUGAAAGAAUAUAUGAAGUAGAAGGCUUAAAUUGUGGUGAAUCUCUUGAAUUGUUUAAGCAGGUGGCUUUUAAAACUAAGAAAGUUGAUUCAAUUAAUGAUGAUAUUGUCAACCGUGCAAUUAGUUAUGCUUCUGGCCUUCCAUUAGCUAUAGAUGUCAUAGGUUCCAAUUUGGCAGGAACGCCUAUAGCAGAAUGGGAAUCUACAUUAGAUAAAUAUAAAAGGAUUCCUCCUCAUGAUAUCCAAAAUAUACUAAAAGUUAGCUUUGAUGGUUUGGAUGAAGAACAGAAAAAUCUCUUUCUAGAUAUUGCAUGUUUCUCUAAAUGGUUUCAUUUGGGACAAAUUCGUGCUAAUUACGAUCAUUGCAUAAAACAUGAUGUUGGAGUGUUGGUUGAUAAAUCUCUCAUAAAGAUUCAUCAAUUUGGUGAUGUGAUAUUACAUGACUUGAUAGAGCAUAUGGGUAAAGAAAUUGUUCGAAAAGAAUCACCCGAUCAUCCUGAAAAACGCUCUAGAUUGUGGUUUCACAAAGAUAUAGUUGAUGUUUUAGAACAAAACAAGGGAUCUAGUAAAACUAAAAUGAUAUAUCUGGAUUACCCCUCAAAGGAAGUCGUAAUAAAUUGGAAUGGAGAAGCCUUCAAGAAGAUGACAAAUCUAAAAACACUUGUCAUUAAAAAUGCUAAUUUUUCCGAAGGGUCCCGUCAUUUUCCAAAUAGUUUGAGAGUACUUGAAUGGGAAAAAUAUCCUUCAAUACCAUUUAGUAUUUUGAACAAGAAAUUUGAGAAUAUGAAAGUUUUGAACUUUGACAACUGUGAAUAUUUAACAGAGAUAUCAAAUGUCUCCGGUCUCCCAAAUUUAGAGGAAAUUUCAUUUGAAAAUUGUGUGAAUUUAACUACAAUUGACAACUCAAUUGGGUUUCUGAGCAAACUUGAAUUAUUGAAUGCUGAAGGUUGCACGAAGCUUAGGAGUUUUCCACCCUUGAAAUUACCUUCUCUUAAAUAUCUGAAUUUUACGGAUUGUGAGAGUCUCCAGAAUUUUCCAGAAAUAUUAGACAAGAUCGAAACACUAGAAAAUAUUAAUAUUUAUGGAACUUCCAUACAAGAGAUUCCAGUUUCAAUUCAAAAUCUAAUUGGGCUUGUUUCACUAAAUUUUGAUACAAGGCGAAACCUAAUUCAAAAUCUAAUUGGGCUUGUUUCACUAGAUAUUGAUACAAGUGGAAAGCUAAUGUUCCCUAGCAUUUGCAACAUGCCAAAAGUGGAGGUUGUUCGCCUCAAAGGAAUUAGCAACCUCUCAUUAUUUCUUCCGAUGGCUAUCAUGCGGUUUGCUAAUAUGCAAGUUCUAAACCUAUCUGGUAGCAAUAUCAGAGUUCUUCCAGAAUGCCUUAAAGAAUGUACCUCUCUUCAUCAUCUUAUAUUAGAUUAUUGCUAUUCUCUUGAGGUUAUUUCUGCAAUUCCGCCAAAUCUACAAAGAUUGUCAGCAAUAGACUGCAAAUCAUUGAGUAAAAGCAUGUUACUGAAUAAGAAAUUGCAUGAGUCUGGAAGAACCAUCGAGUUUUGUUUCCCACCAGCAGAAGGUGAGAUGAUUCCGGAGUGGUUUAAUCACCAAACUAGAGGAACAACCGACAAGUCAGGAACAACGUUUCCUUUCUGGUUUCGUAACAAGUUGCCGUCCAUAAUGAUCUUCUUCUCAACUAAUUCGAAGAUGGAGUAUCUUGGAGAAUCAUCUUCUGUAUUGUCAUUCAAUCUGUUCAUCAAUGACUUUAAAAGGAAUUUUAAUGACAUCCAAGACAAACUGUUUCAACAUGGGUGGUUGCCAAGUCAUACAUAUCUUUUUAAUCUGCCUAUGCAACAAAAGAUUGAAAUUCAUGAUAUCUUGCUGGAUUCAUCCCAGCCGAAACUAAUGCCUACACUGGAUGAAGCAUUUGAAAAAAAUGAAUGGAUCCAUGCAGAAAUUAAGUUUUGGUCUACGGCUACAUUGCCUUUGUAUUUCGUGGAGGAAAACAAUGCGGACCAUAUUCGGUUCACCAAUCCUUGUAGAAAGAGAAAAUUAGAUGAACUGGAACAUAUAUAUCAAGAUACUUCACUAUCACAAUCCCGGCCACUUCUGAAAAAUCAAAGAUUGUUGGAUGUCGAAGAAGUUUUAGAUACAGAACUUGUGGAAAAAGAACUGCAACACGGGAUGAACAAGCUAAGACAUGAUACAAAGUCUUGCGAAUACGAGUUUGGUGGUAAUUCUCCAAAUAAAAUCAAGAUGGAUUAUUUGAAAUUGUUCAAAUGGGCAAGGUGUGCUGCUCCAUAUAUCAGUCACUCCAAAUCAAUCAUCAUCGUGUUCUUGUGUGUCAUCAUGUGUGUGAUUUUAUUUCUCUUCAAAGAAAAAACCACUAUGCUUAGUUUGGGGGAACUAACUUGUCCGACCUGAAAUGACUGAUGUGAUCAAGCAUUUUCGGUCACAAGGAUCAUUUAAGACUUUGGUGAUUCACUUGAAAAUAAUGUCUAGUUUUGUGGUGUGAUUCAUUAUCUUGUUAUGUUCAACUAGACCUUCAUGUAUUUCUUUUGGAGAUCCAUGAAUUGUGUCUCAGAUAUUAAUUUACCUUGUAUCCCUUGGUUCUGUAUCAGAAACUAUCUGCAUUAUGCAGAAGGUAUAUAUAUAGUAAUCACUAUGCUUUUUUAUGUUA